AUUUAAUGUUGAGUCCUGAAUAAAUAUAUUCGAUUGUUUAUAAAACAGAUUCUGGUAUUGAAGGAUAUGCAAUCCCUCGAUUUUAUCAUGACCCAGCUGAAAUGAUGAGAAAUCGUGAUUUAUUAAAGCAAAUAGAAAAAAGUAAGUUUCAUAAUGUUAUUUGUGUUUAGAAUAAGCGCAUAAAAGAUAUGAAACAAAAAGAGGAAGUUAUUUAGAUGAUUAUACAAAAAUGUUUAAAAGCUAUCCAAGUCCUUUAUAAUAUUAAUCAUACUCGAUUGAAAAAAUUCCAGAGAAAAAAGUAAAAUAUCCAAAUCGUUUGACUUUAUUUGAUUAAUUAUAAAAGGAGUAAAAAAGAGUGAAUAAUCCUGCUGUUGGAGCUUAUAAUAUAGAAAAAAGUUAAGAAUAAAUAGAAAAAGAGCUUAAAGUAUUAAAGACUCGAAAAAUAAAAGAACUUUAAAGACCUAAUCCAUAUGAAGAUGCCAUGGCUCAUAGUAUAAUGGUUCCUGGUCCUGGAAAUUAUAAUCCACAUGUGAGAUAUUCAACAAUUAUAAAAGUCAUUCCUACCUAAAAUUAAAGUAAAUAACACAAAACCUGAGGAUUGGAGAAAAAAACAUAAUACAGAAAAAAAUAAAAGUCUUCCAUUACUUCCUCCAGUUGGAACUUAUACUCCUGUUCUUAGUGAUUCAUUUGCUAAGAUUUAAAGUUCUGUUCCUGCUAAAAGAGCUUAUUGGGGAAGUUAAAAAAGAUUCAAAGGAUUAUUUGGUAGUUCUUCUAUUGGUCCUGGUCCUGGAACUUAUGCAUAAUUAAGCAAAUUAUUAACAAAAGGAAUUGAAAAAUCUAUUUAUCAAGAAUGA